GGCUCGCUGGUCGAUAUUGGCGCAGUGCACACCUCUAUGUCUGACUGUGCGGUCCUAAGUAGGAUUUAUAGGGUAACUUGUAUUAUAUCUUGUAAAUUAAGAGCCUUGUAACGUGUGAAUAGUGACAAGUGAGCUUUUUGGAAAUCGAAGAGGAUAAGAAAACUUGAAGAUGAACUUCAUAGGGAAGAUUGAUAGAUACCUGGACUCACUUAAAGUUGGUAAAAGUACGCUAGUAGACUCAUGGUUUAUGAUGUCCAGUCCAAUGCCAAUCUUGGCAGUGGUCGUAUCAUACCUGUUCUUCCUCAAAAUUGGAACUCGACUGAUGAAAAACCGCACUCCAUUGCAACUUACCACGAUAGUUAGCUACUAUAACGCUGGUCAAGUAGUACUUGCCACUGUGCUAUGUAUUAAGGUGUUCAAGUUGAACCUUUUUAAAGAUGGGAUUGUCUAUGCAGGGUGUCGCUAUCCGUCGAAUACUCAAAAUCCUUUGCUCUUGGACUUGGGCUGGUGGUAUUUUUUCGCUAAAUUCACAGAACUUUUGGACACCGUUUUCUUCGUUUUGAGGAAGAAAGAUAAACAGGUGACAUUCCUCCAUGUAUACCACCACGUUGUGAUGGCUCUCUAUUCAUGGAGCUAUCUCAAAUUCGCUGCGGGAGGUGAAGGGGCCGUCUUGGCACUUCUCAACUCUGCCGUCCACAUCGUCAUGUAUUCAUACUAUUUCCUAUCUGGUUUGGGUCCAAAGUUCCAGAAGUAUCUGUGGUGGAAGAAGUAUGUGACCAAAAUGCAACUGAGCCAGUUCGUAUUAAUGCUUGUGUAUUGCAUCUGGACCUACUUCUCACCGCAAUGUCAAUACGCAGCCGGCUUCACAUAUUUCAUAUCUUUCAACGUCAUAGUAUUUUUGCUGCUUUUCGUGAAUUUUUACUCGAAAAGUUAUAAGAAAGAUGCAAAGGAAAGCAUUCAAAAUGGCCACAACAAAAUGAACGGUCAUAAUAAAAUUAAAAAUACGAAGAUGGCUAUUAAUGGUACAAAGGUGCCUUAUGAUAAGAUUGGAGUAAAAUCUGAUAAUGGUGUAACAAGAAGAUCGGUAAAGGAAUCGAGCGGACCAGAUUUUAACUGUAGGAACUUUGAAAAAUGAUGUGUCAGUAACGAAUAAUGGUGGUUAUUGUUGGUUGUCACUAGAUGGCGCUGUUUUGGAAUGCGAUACAAAGUAUCACAGCAGUUCAAUUUGACAGCGACGUGAUCUUUUUAAGAUAAACGAAUGAUAACAUUAAUUAAUGUAGUAUUAAAUUUUAACUAUUUCAUACAUUCGCACCCUUUAAAGCACUACAUUUUAAGAUAAACCAUAAAAGCAGGCGUUCAUUUCCCUUCACUUAAUUAGCUUUCAGUGCUGUUAGAAUCUGCAACUGAAAUCAGCGCUAUCUAGUGGUGCCAACAUGAACUUCCUGAAUCUUCUGAGACUGAUGAUUGUGAUUUAAAUGGCUUUGUUGAAAUCAGAGGGUUUGUAUUUAAGUUCAAUGUAAAUAUAGAUAUGGUUGCCUUUCGCAGUUAAACAUUAGAUAAGUACAAGUAAGUAAAUGCCUGUUUGGGAAAACAAUAUUUUAAGUGAAGAGUAGAAAAUAAUGAUAAAUACAUAUCGUUUCGAUUGUAUCUAAUUUUCAAUGGACUAAUAGAAUGAAAAAAAAAUUAGACAAUAAUUUCCCAGUUGUAAUGUGUGCUUAACUUUUAUUUAAGGUAGUUACGAAUAAUGUAUGGUCCAGAAAGAAUUUAUUAUGUUAGUUUUAAGACUGGAAAAGCAAUUUUGCAGUAAGCCACAUUUGCUAAUGAGUUUGUGUAUUUUGCCAAUUAUGUACAAUAGGUUUAUUAAUUCAAAUUUUGUUAAUUAAAAUUAAUAAUAUAUAAAUAACCUGCGUCGUAUCGUAAGCUUUGGUUGGAUAAAAAUAAAAGAUUAGCGGCGAUUUGGACAAUUGACAAUAUGGCUUUGUCGGUCAUCAUCGCAUUUUGCUAAUACAUAUUACUUUCGUCGUACGAAGUAGAUUAUACGUGAUAACGAAAAAGAACGCAAAGGUCUAUGGUCCAAAAUCUUAAGUUUGGCCACAAUUAGAAUAAGCAUGUCAAUUGUCAUUUCGGUCGUAAUAUUAAUAUUGCACUUACAAUUCUUAUGAUAUUUAUCAAAAUAAACUACAAUCUGACUAUGAGGAUUCCGGCCAAAAAAUAGUUUUAAAUAAGUAGCUAUGUUGCAAUAAAAUAAAAUAAAAAUGCUUAAUUUAUAACCUUAAAAUAUCUAUAAGCUAUUUUACAUUAGCGCCCUCUAUGAAAGAGACGAAUAGUUCUGUAUUUUCGUCUUUUUCUUACUUGAGUGAUAUUGGUUACUAUGGUUACAAUGUUUCUUCCGCGAUUAUAUCGUUACCAUGGUAACAUACGCCCUAUUAUAAGCUUUGCCUUUUAAGUACACCGAUUUGUGUACUUACAAUUAACAUUCACAAUCAUUACAAAAAUAUAUAUAGACAAUAUACAAAACAGAAAUUUAAGGCAAAUUAAUAUUUCUACAGCCUUACCAACAUGUUCCUUUAAAGUUAUGUUUAGUAGUGUUGUUAAGUAAAUAUUUUUAUUCUUAAAUUACGUAAAGAAAUUCGGUAUUUUAGUUUCAGAAUCUGCAGGUUUAUCCAAGAAACGUUUUCUUUGUAAGCAAUAGACACUUCUUGGAAAAUUGAGAAACCAUCUCAAAAUGUAAACAGAGACUGAUUGCGAGCUCUGACCGUCGCUAUUUAUCGGGAUGCGCCCUCUUAUUUUUAUUUUUUUUCAAAUUUGAUAGUUUCUAAAAAAUCACAAUUAGCGAGGGCGCUGUAAGUUAUUACUGGUGGAGUGUGGAGUGGAAGUAACUUUUAACUCUUUUCGUGCUGAAAAAGACCUUUGCAGCUGCAGUUUUUGAACCGUCCCAGUAGAUCCAGCUUGUAGAUCCAGUUCACAGUGCUUUUAGUGUUUUGUCUCGGUGUAGUUGAAAUAUGUAGGGGAUGAUGCAUAGGAUCUAGCGAAGACGCGAUAUCAGCGCCCCCCCCUCCCUAGUUCGUCGUGUCCUAGGGUUAAUCAGGCCCUGCAUUUAAACCAAAUAUCAUCGUCAUGCGCAAAAGUCUGUAGUUGUUAAUGAAAGCAAUCAUUUAUGACAUGAGACAUUUAUCAAUACAUUACGGAAUUACUAAACAGUUGGAUAUACGUUUAAGUACAAUUUCCAGCAUUGUACAUAGUUGGUGGGGCUGUACAAAUUCAUUAUCCAGCAUAGUAAACUCUCGCAAUUUUCCGUUGUAUAUAAUAUUGUAAGUAUAUAUUAUACGUGUCCGAAAAACUCCAGAAUAUAUUUGAAUAUACUGCCGAGCAGAUAGUUUUUAUUUUCUGGGUUGAGAUUAGCUUUAAGUUUGCUUUGUAAUUUUUCGUAAACUUAACAAAUGCGCUUUUGAAUCUUAGUUUCAAUUAGUUUUAUUUAUUAUACUUUUAAAGGAAUUACAAUUUUAAUCAUAAUCAUUAGUAACGACAUCUUUCGAUUAAAUAUAUGUAUAACAUAAUGCCCUGAAUAACGACUUUAGGGGUUAGAUUCACAUUAGCCUCGCUAAGUGUCAUUUAUACUUAAAAAAAUGUGCUACAGGAGUACUUAUCUCUGUAAUAAUAAUUACUACUUUUGACAAAGAUUUCUAGGUCACAAAUAUUCGCAUUAGUAAACCGAUUCUUGACUCACAAUUGUAUGAAAAAUUGUCUUCACUCACGAUUAUAGUAAAUAUUUGUUUGGGUCUGUCAACUCAAUAGACAACGAUUAUAAUUUCGAUAUCGGAAUCCUAAGAAUUAGCGAUGUGAAUAUUGAGAUAAUUAUUUAAAAUUGUAUCCAAAAAGUUUUUUUUUUCACUCGACUGCGGCUAGUUUCAAAAGCGCAUUUUGUCACGACGUUAUUUAUUCCGGAAGGUGCUAAUACAGUAGACCUUGCAUUCAAAAUGCUUCAAAUCCUUGUAGAUAAACUCUUCUGCUAUAGGUUAACUUGUUUUAUGAAAGGUAGUACAAAAUUAUACGAAUCGAAAUAUGCCAGUGAGAAGAAACGCUUUAUAUAUAAAUGUAAAUCGCACAAUAAAUUUAUAUUAGUGAAAUAAUUUAGUAUAGUUAAGUUACGCCGAGGGCUCUGUCUUCCCGACAUCUGAGUUUUCUGUGAAAUAAAUAUUAUUAUUGAA